AUGUAUUGUCCGGUGGCUGCACGUGAUGCCACUGUUGCUGCGGGAGGUCCGUCUUGGACAGUGAAGCUGGGAAGAAGAGAUUCAACCACAGCUAGUCGUAACAUAGAUCUCCCCAGCCCUUUCGCAAAUUUGGAUACACUUAUAUCCAGCUUCGCUACCAAAGGCCUUAACACAAAGAGACAUGCACUAGAAGACCGCAAAUGUCCAAAGGACACCGGAAAUGGGAAUUUGGCACCCCUUGAUUUAGUGACCCCAAAUUCCUUUGAUAACAACUACUAUAAGAACUUAUUGCAAAAGAAAGGUCUGCUUCAAUCGGAUCAAGUUCUAUUCAGCGGUGGAGCAACUGACAGUAUUGUUUCAGAGUACGCCAGGAGCUCUCGGGCAUUCCAAGAAGAUUUUGCAUCAGCCAUGAUUAAAAUGUCUGAAAUUCAGGCCGCUCACGGGGUCAAAAUGGGAUCAUUAGAAAAGUCUGCGGUGCUUUGA